AUGGCGACGAUGCAGCUCCAGCUCCAGCAGACGCGCUUGGCGCCGACUACGACCAAGACCGAAAUCACCCAGAAGCAAAGCCUGGAGGUUGUGCAGACGUUCUUGCAUGGGAGCCUUAGCAGUCUGGCUUACCUGCGAUGUUUCUUUUCGGAGAAGGCCUUCGAUGAGCAGACCUACACCACAGGACCUCGCCUACCUACGUAUCGCGAAUACAUCAAUGGGAAGCUGCCGAAGGGCGAAAAGAACGACGGAGGCAUGGCGACCGUGAUGAAAGUGCUUCGCCGGAAGAGAAGCAAGCGCGCUGACAAGUUCCUUGACUGGCUGGAGAAGGGUGCAUUCGUCGCUUUGGAGGAGGGACGAUUGAGUGCUCUACAGAUCUAUGUUCACACCGAUCCAGACCAUCCCGAGCAAGUGGUCGAGACCUACACAUUUGCCAUCAAGUACCACAGCGAUGGACGCGGCGGGCGCGUUUUCGCCGGCAUCGAAGUCGACAGUCCCGGCAGAGAAGGAAUCACGAUCGAAGCCACAAGCAUUGCGCUCCAGAGCCUGAUCCGUCACGUCAAUCAACUUUGUGAGGGACUUCCGGAUCUUCCAGAGAAACGAUAUGUGUCGAUGGCUUUAUUCUAUCCCGAGGACUGUAAAGAUGUGAAAGCUGCUGGCUUCGCUCCUUCGAAUCUGUCCAAGAUUCUCUUUGCUCAGGCCGAUGGCUGGGAGAAGACUACCGAACGACUGGAUGACGUCCACUCUGCGUACCACAGCGCGUCUCUGAAAGUAUCACAUCUCGUUCAGCCAAAUCUUCGCGGUCUGGCGCACAUUGUGGAACAGCCUCGAAUUCCGUCAAGCCUGGUCUACACCAUCGCAGGAACAAGGGAGACGGAGCUUGCAGAUAUGCUGGGCGCUCGUCCCGAUGAUACUGUCGCCAAGGUCCCAAGCACGAUAGGGCGUACUCCUUCGACCGUGUUUGCUGAUGAAGGACCAAUGACCGGGCGCACAGCAUCGACCAUGGUCCACGAUGGUGCUCCGGACGUGCUCGCCGCAGCAAAGACAUCCAUGGCGACGCCAGCACCUACUUCAGCACUAGCAAAUAGGCCAUUGGAAAGCGAAUCACCAUCGGGUUUUCAACCAACUCCUGCGCAGCCAUCUCUUCUUGCAAAACCCAUAUUAUCGGAGAGCGUGGAUACCCAGUCGAGUGACGUACCAGAAAUGAAAGCCGGACUGCAAGUCAUGCUGAAACCGGAGCAUCUCAGCCAGGGAGACACUCAAACACAAGCACUACUGCGUCCUUUGGUGGCGAGUUCAUCGAAUCUCGGGAAUCGCAACGUCUCUGCGGGACCUUUGGCUAAUUCGUCAACCGGCGCCAAGCUUGUCCUUUUGCCCGACGUUGCUCGUCAGCUGAAGUCUACAAAGACUAAGCUCAAGCAAAAGGCCCUCAGGAUCGCGGGUGUAAAGACCUUGAAGAAAACCCAUGGCGAUGUCGUGCUUUGCCAAUGUUCUCAUGCAGAGGAAGAGAAUGAAUUGAUUCAGUGUUCGUUCUGUAGCACCUGGCAACAUCUGCACUGUUACGGCUUCACAGGCUCAGACGACCCUCGAAUUCCAGAUGAGCACGCUUGCUAUGAGUGCCUGCUCGGCGACAAUGACACGGGGCUGUUGGCUGCCUUGCGAGACUUGGCACUCAAGCGUCGGGCGAUUAGUUUCGCUUUGCAGCGCGGUCUGCCCGGUCGACCUGAGCAGCUCGCAAGUUUGAUGGAUCUCUCUGUUGAGACCGCCGGAAAGCUGCUUGGGCAUCUGAUGGAGGAAGGUCUCGUCGUCCAUGCCCUCGAUGCGAAGGCACUCAAACUCGGCACCGCAAAGCAGCCACACCAUGUACCCACGGAGGACGCUCGAUCAUUCGACAAAUUGCAAUAUGAGCUUUUCGACGCCCUCAGCCACGUCAGUGACUAUUAUGUAAACGUUCCGAGUACACCAGAAGGUGUCGCACAGCGACUUCGCGCGCUUUGCUCAUCUGGUAUGCCACCGCCAACAACACCUGCUUCCGCAUUCCGCACUCGCAACAGGACUCGUUCUGAACGUAUGCUCGAUCCGCGAAAGUCCACGACGCCCUCCCGCAAGCCGGUACAGCUCCGGCAGCCAUCAUCGAAGCGGCCUCUGGAAGGCGAGAGCCCCUUCACCACGCCUGCCAAGCGUCAAGCUAGGACGACGCCUGUGUAUCAUCGCCUAAAGAGCGUGCAGACAAUGGUGCCAAUCUUUGCCGACGGCUUGUCGAGUCCUGCGAUGUAG